GUUCUAGGGCUGAGAAUAAGUGUAAUUUAUAACUAUUACGAAGUACACUAAAAUAAUGAUUUAUUAAAUAGUUUUGUAAAAUUGUUAAACCUUAUAAAAACGAUAAAACAAUAUUCUUUUGUUCGGUUUUUUCAUCGUAAAUAGAACAAAUUAUUACGGUUUUUUAUAAUCUGUAUUAAAUGUCAAUGUCCGAUCGCCCAUCGUUGUUUUCAGUCUAUGCUCAGAUUUGACAGAAGAGCAAUUGUCGGAGGAUGUUGAUUACUCAUUCGCCAAUAAUGUUUAAUUUUUAAACAAUAAUUUAAUAUUAACAACAAAAAUAAACAGUGCAUAUUGUUGUUAAUAUAUUGUGAGUUUUUAAUGGAUCAUUCGGUCAAAAUGCAUCGCCGCCGUGGACCUAACUUCACGUAUGUGAGCGGAUGUGUGAAAUAUAUGAUUUUUGUGUUGAAUUUUAUAUUCUGGUUAUUUGGAGGGUUGCUGAUAGCGGUGGGGCUGUACGCAUUCAUUGAUAAAUGGCAGGCCACAGGACUGAUAAAGUUGGACACAGUUUACGAUGUGAUGCUCAAUAUAAGUCUCCUGAUAGCUCUACUCGGUGGUGUGGUGUUCAUCGUCAGCUUCGCCGGUUGCGUAGGCGCACUGCGAGAGAACACGUGCUUACUCAAGUUUUACUCCCUAUGUCUGCUGAUCCUGUUCCUGGUGGAGAUGGGCGGCGCGGUGUGUGGGUUCGUGUUCCCUCGCUCGCUGCACGGACUGCUCGAGCUGAGCUUCACCGAGCGAGUCGUACACGCAUAUAGAGACGACCCCGAUCUGCAGAACUUUAUUGACUUUGCACAGAGUGAUUUCCACUGCUGUGGCCUGACCUCAGACGGCUACAUGGACUGGUCCAAGAACGAAUACUUCAACUGUUCAUCACCGUCAGUCGAAAGGUGUGGGGUUCCAUUCUCGUGCUGUAUCAAUGCGACUGACAUAUCCUCGGGUCUCGUCAACAUCAUGUGCGGAUAUGGAGUGCAGAAUUAUCCGGUGGCAGAAGCCAGCAAACGCGUAUGGACGAGUGGUUGUAUAGAGAUAGUGCGCUCGUGGGCGGAACGCAACCUGUAUACCAUCGCUAGCGUCGCACUCGCCGUCGCACUCGCUCAGCUGUUCGUCAUAUACCUCGCCAAGACUUUGGAGGGACAAAUCGAGUUGCAGAAAGCUAGUUUUAAUAAAAACUAAUUUCAGAUGGCAAACAUGAAACAGGGGCACAUUGGGCGCAUAUCGAGACGAGUGCCGGCGAGCGCUACUGUAGCAGGCGCCUCGCACGGGACUCGAACCCGCGCCCCCUGCACUCCACAUGUGAUCCAACUACCACAAACUAAACGGUAAACCAUGUGAAGUGUCAUGACGAUUUUUUCAAUAAUCGAACCUGCGUCUAGUGUGCCAUUGACUCUCAUUGUGACCCGACACAUUUGAUGUGCCAUCGAUUUAUGAACUUCUUCCGGGAUUUGAACCUGUGAAAUAAACUUACGAUUGAACAGUAAUACGUGCCAUCGUUUUCCAAACCUGGGAAUCGAAGCCGCGACCAACAAAUGCAUUCAUGUGCCAUUGACAUUAUUAUGGUGAAAUUAUAAUCUAAAAUUAAGAAUUUUACUUAUUUUCCAUUGCAAAGAUCAAUAUUCAAUAUCAAGGGUAAACAAAUAAUUUUCGUUUCUAUCAAAUUGUAGAUGUCAUUUAAACAGUAUUAAAAAAUGUGUGAGAAAGGGACAGCACUAUAUUAAACUGAUAGUGACCUCCUUUUCUUCCACAUAACAACAUUCUAUAAAAUUUUAAAAUCUCAUCUAAUUAUAAUUUGGCUCAAAUUCAAUAAUUUUAUGUAUACUAAUUAUAUUAAAAGUAAAAUUGUGCCAAAAAUUAUUGCCAGAUUACAAAAAUCGAUCGUCAGUGUUGCCAAUUGAAAAAAAUAAGUAAAAUUCUUAAAAAAACAUCACAAAAAGAAUCUCAGGUUAGUUCUUGCAUUUCGUAUCAUCACGCUUGCCCCAUAGGGACAGCAGAUCUCUAUGAGCUUUUUAUUUUAGCAUUAUUGUGCAUUAGUUAAUUAAUAAUGUAUGUAUGUAUGUGUUGCCAAUUCAUGGUGUUUAUAUUAUCUGUAGUUCGUAAGCUAGUGUUGCCAGCAAUGGUGUGUUUUUGGGAUAAGUAGAUUCGAAGAAAGAAAUAAAUACUGAAAAAUUAUAAUUUUAAAAAAGUAAUUAUAAUAUUACUGUAUUUGUAAAAUAGAGUAUUUUACGUGGAUCUGUAGACUGCGGUGUGUUAUAGUUGCUAUGAUUCUACUUAUCCUUAAAAUUGUAAAAAGAGAUAGGUGAAAUGGUCUGAUUCAAACGAAUUAUGCAAAUAUACGAACAACUAUUUGUAGGUCACAUAAAAAGUUAUUCCGUGCGGGAAUCGAACCUGCAACGCUUUACCAUCAGCCCGUUACUCAACUACUGCGCCAAUCGUACAAAGUACAACUAAAAUGUACUAAAUUCAUAUAAAGAUUUGCAACAGACUAUUUCACCCACCCUGUAUAUUAUAUUUUUCCCUGCAUUUAUAUCAGACUGUAUAUACGGCAUUUAUUCAUAUAAUUAUAUGUAUUAUUAUAAAUGUAUUAUGAUCAUUAUGAAUUUAAUUCUCAAUUAUUAUAUUACAAUAAUUAAUAUUGUUUUUUUAUAGUAUCGAUACUGUAUUUUUCAAACGUUGUCCCCGCACUAGGAUUUUCUCCUGUAUCGUGGGUACGUUUAUAUACACAUCACAUCACUAGUGAUAACUAGUAAACACUAGUUAUUUUAUCACAUUAGAGUCUAGCUCCAAACAACAAUUUGUGGAUUACAAAUAUUUUGUAUAAACUAUGUGAGUGUUCGAUCAGUUUCAAGCCUUUUCUGGGGUUUAUAUCAUGAAAAAACAUUCGUGAACUCAAUCGCUAUGCCCUCGACUAAAUACGGGAGUGUACUGUGUAUUCUAAUGUACAUAGUUUAUUGUUUUAUUCGGGAAUAAACCUGCGACACAUAGUACCACAGUCGAUCUCUUGCCACUGUGGACUCAAUUGGGCCUAAUAGCCUUCUCAUAUUACAUGGGACUCAUAACAAAAUUAAUGAAAAGUAGAUGUUAUUAUAUUCAAUUUAUUUGUUUACUUCUGAGAUGCCUGGCUCGUUUGCCGACUGGUCGGAAGUGCGACUGCCGGGCAAGGUAUCUCAAGUUCGAUUCCCGGGUCGGGCAAUGGA